GGUGCUAUUGGAACGGGUUUGAUUAUUGGGACUGGAGAAGCCCUAGCUAAAGCUGGUCCUGGUGCCAUCCUCAUCUCUUACGCUGCCGUCGGUUUCAUUGUCUAUCUGGUCAUGUGUGGUCUGGGAGAAAUGGCCGCCUGGCUUCCCUUGGGUUCUGGUUUUACCGGUUACGCUGUCCGCUUCUGUGACCCUGCAUUAGGAUUCGCUAUAGGAUACACAUACUGGUUUAAAUACAUCAUCGUCACCCCCAACCAACUGACCGCCACCGCCAUGGUUAUAUCCUUCUGGGUAGACGUCGAGCGCAUAAACCCCGGUGUUUGGAUCACCAUAUUCCUCGUGGUCAUCGUAUUCAUCAACUACUUCGGCGUGCGAUUCUUCGGCGAAUUCGAAUUCUGGCUUUCCUCCUUCAAAGUCAUCGUCAUCGUCGCCCUAAUCCUCCUCUGCUUCAUCCUCAUGCUAGGCGGCGGGCCCGACCACGACCGGAAAGGUUUCAGAUACUGGAAUAACCCAGGCGCUUUCAACACAUACAUCGACGACGGCGCCCCAGGCCGCUUCUACGCCUUCUGGAGCACAAUGGUCUCCGCCACAUUCGCAUACCUAGGAACCGAACUCGUCGGCGUAACAGUCGGCGAGGCCCAGAACCCCCGCAAGACCAUCCCCCGCGCUAUCAAACUAACCUUCUACCGUAUCCUCUUCUUCUACGUCCUCAGCGUGCUCCUCCUGGGCACCCUGGUCCCCUACAACUCCCCCGAACUCUCCUCCGCGACAAACUCCUCCAACUCCAACUCCGCAGCCGCAUCCCCCUUCGUCGUUGCUAUCAAACUAGCCAGCAUCCCCGUCCUCCCUCACAUCCUCAACGCAUGUAUCCUCAUCUUCGUCUUCUCCGCCGCAAACUCAGACCUCUACAUCGCCACCCGCACAAUCUACGGCCUCUCGCGAGAAGGAAAAGCACCCGCCUUCCUUUCCUGGACAGAUAACCGCGGCGUCCCCGUGUAUUCGCUAGGCGUCUGUUCCUUGAUCGCAUGUAUCGCAUACAUGAACGUCAGCAGCGACUCCCAAACCGUGUUUGGCUACUUCGUCGACCUAGUCACCAUUUUCGGCCUGCUUACCUGGAUCUCGCUACUAGUAACACAUAUAUUCUUCGUGCGUGCGCGGAAAGCGCAAAACGUGCCUGAGUCUAACCUCGCUUUCCGCGCGCCCUUUGGUACCGGUGGUUCUUACUUUGCACUGGUGUUCUGCAUUAUCAUCGCGCUGACGAAGAGCUAUGAUGUGUUCACGCACAGCCCCGAGUGGGGCAGUUUCGACUACAAGACAUUUAUCACGGCAUACUUGGGGAUUCCGUUGUAUCUUAUGCUGAUUACCGGGUAUAAGGUGUUUACGGGGUGUAAGCGGGUGAAGCCUGAGGAGGCGGAUUUGUGGACGGGCAAGGAGGAGAUUGAUCGUGAAGAGGCGGAGUUUCUCGCUGUGCAGGCUAUGAGGGAGCCAACGGGGGGUUGGUUUUAUGAAAAGUUUCUUUCUUGGUUGUUUUAGACUCUUAUGGUUUAGAUUUAC